AUGUCGGACAUUCAAGAUCUCCUCGAAAUCCCCAGGGACUUCAUCAAGGACGGCACGCAAUUCCUGACGCGAUGCACUAAGCCCGACAAGCGCGAGUUCAUCCAGAUCAGCAAGGCCGUCGGUGUUGGUUUCCUAGUCAUGGGCGCAAUUGGCUACUUGAUAAAACUAAUUCACAUUCCCGUCAACAACAUCCUAGUCGGAGCCGCAUAA